CCGAGAAGAGUUCGGUUCGAUUUUCAGCUUUCUUCGACGGCGGGCCAACUUUUACAACGAAAAUGUUGUCACUACUCGAUGGCGAUUGUUCGCUUGAUGAAUUUGUCUCUCUAUCGGAAUGCAACAAAAAGCUCAAUUUUCCAGACGGAGAAUGUCAUGCUUCACUCGGAGAAACCGAGCUCUCCUCUCUGAUCGACUCGAUAUAUCCUCGCCGACAAUCUUCAAAAAUUUACUACGUCGUAGUAUCACUUAAUCCGAGCUAGUUGACGGGGCGCGUGACUCUCGCUCGACAUUGCAGACACGUCUGGCUCGUUUCACACUCCGGAUUCGCAGGAGUCCAACACGACGAUCUCGAUGGUCUCCGACAUGGAGGAAACCGAGGAAACGAACGUACGUUGAACGAACCGCGCCGAGCCGAGUCAAGGCCCGUCACUCGCUCCUUAUCAUCGUGUGUGUUCUCGUGUUAGCGGAAAUGAAAAAAAUACAUUCUCCAAGGUGGCGGACCAGGUAGGCGCUGAGCAGGCGGUCGAGAGGGGGGCGCCGGAGGAGGCGCGAGUCACGGUGCACGUUCGACGUGAUCAGCAAGACCGGCAGGUGGAGGAACAUCCGGACGUGGGAUAUCAUUUGAAUUCAGCGAUGAGGCUCGAUGAGGUCGUUCAACAUUUCAAAACGAGUUCGACGAAGUGUCAGAGCUCCCAGGGGGAAUCAGACGCGAAUGUAACAGAUAGCGGCGACAAACGAAUCGACGCCGGUUCCGACGAAAGUGAGUGAUGCGUCGCUUGCAGACGGGUAUGAGACAAGGAAGGAAGAGAAAGGAGCGGAGGGAGCGGCAGCACUUCGCGCGCAGAGACUUCGCACUUUAUUAAGAUCGUCCGGAUGUGAUUCAUUAGGACUGGCGGAGACGAUGGCGGAGAAGAGCAGCUUAGAGGGCUGGACGAAAGCGGUUGAUAACGCGCUGCGGCAGUGGCGCGACGACGUGGAAAAUGUCGAUGCGUCCGGCGAUAACAAUUUGGAAACUCGACCGGACGUAGACGGAAACACGGACGAUCGUACGUCGGCGAUCCCCAAUGACGGCGGAUGUGAAAAGACCACUCGCCAGUCCUGUGAACCUAACGAUGUGAAAGUCACGAAAAGCGGUUUGCAGGACAACGUCGCGGAGAGUUUCACGGUGACCGCGAGCCGCCGCUCGCCACUGGCCAUUCUCCAGGAAUACGCGAAGCGGUGCAAGGUGUCAAUCAAAUACCAGUGCAAGCCAAAGCCGAAUCUGUAUGUGAUCAACGGUGACCUUUGCGGAUUCAGCGCGAUGUCUUGCGCCGCGACUCAGGCUCUGGCCAAGAGCGAAUUGGCAGCGAAAAUAUUGUGGAUGGUGGCCGAGCGUCAGAUGGAUGGCCCGAAACUCUUGUCGUCCGCCUGCGGAUUAUCGGAUCUCUCGCGGGAGGAGAUGUUGGAGAUAAUAGCGUUUAAUCAGGACAAGCUGAAGAACGCGUGGCAGAAGGUCUUCAAGUUCUGCCUCGAGAGAGGAAAGCCCGCUCCGGAAUACACGAUUUGCAACUCGACGACGAAUCAAGGAUUCGUCUACACGGCUCAGUGCAUGGCUUUGGGUUACGUCGGGAUCGGACAAGGUUUGAGGAAAGACAGCGCCAAGAUCGCGGCCGCCGAAAACUUAUAUCGACGAUACAUCCUCAAAAUGGAGGAACAGAUGACGUGAGCCGACGAGAGGCUCGCGCGUUUUGGCGCCAUUUAUCCGAGUGCACUACAAUCUACAUUUUUUACCCGUUCCUUCUACGGUGAGAAAAAUUUCA